CUUUGCUAGGCGUUGUUUUGUUGUUGAAUUCUAAGUUGCAGUUUGUUUAUACCCUCUCUCUCUUUUUCUCUGCUUUCCUCAAGCUUUUAUUAAUGGAGACAAUGCCGGUGCCGCCAUGGCUGGAGUCGUUACUUAGCACCGCUUUCUUCACCGUCUGCCGCACACAUGGUGACGCAGCAAGAGGAGAAUGUAACAUGUACUGCCUGGACUGUCAGGGAGACGCAUUUUGCUAUUAUUGUCGGUCGUCGAAACACAAAGAUCAUCAGGUAAUCCAGAUAAGGCGAUCUUCGUAUCAUGAUGUGGUGAGGGUUUCGGAGAUUCAAAAGGUUUUGGACAUAAGUGGGGUUCAGACAUAUGUGAUAAACAGUGCGAGGGUUUUGUUCUUGAAUGAGAGGCCUCAACCGAAAUCUGGGAAAGGAGUAGCUCAUCUUUGUGAAAUCUGCAGCAGAAGUCUUUUGGACCCAUUUCGUUUCUGUUCAUUGGGAUGUAAGCUUGAAGGAGUGAAGAGAAAUGGGAAUGCAAGCUUUGCCAUAGAUGGAAGCGGAGAGGAAUUGCGUGAAGGAACACAACAAGACAUUUAUCCGCCCACGCCUCCCCCACCUCCUUCAAAUGCAAGGAGAAGAAAAGGCGUUCCUCAUAGGGCACCUUUUGGGUCUUGAAUUUCCGAAAUUCAUAUUAUUAUUGUUUCUUUUUUUUUUUUUUAAUUUUGAAGAAAAGAGCUCUUUAGGGGUCUUUGUCCCAAAGGAAAGGAGAGAGUAAGGCACCCAUUUGGGUAGGGGGUCCAAAAAACAGAAGGGUUAAGUAAGUUUUCCCUUUUGGUUCUGGGACCCAUACAAGCAAAUUCUCUCUUUGUGAAGGAGCAAUAAUGUAGAAUUUGUUAUUGGUAUAUUAUUGCACAAGGUGUAGAUUGUAAUUAAAUUAAUAAGUUAUAAAAGCAAUUGUCUUUG